AUGGCCAAGCGGCGGGGUACCUAUUCAGCUGUAACCACGGCUGGCGACGUGACCCGAGGAAAAGGGCGUCAUCGCGACAAGGCCACCCCAUCGUCGACUGAAGAUAAUUCCUCCUCAGUAUCAUCGGGAGCUUCGUCAGAAGAGCCCUCGAAAGAGGCAUCCAACAAUGAGAGCCGAGGUCCUUCUCGCGCUAACGAGAGCCCAUCAAAAAGACAGAGGGAAACUACCUCGUUCGAAAGUAACUACGCGCCCUGCCCUACCAGUACCAACCUCAUCACCAUGCCAGACAAGGACUCGCGCAUCACUCAGAUCGCCACCAAGGCGAACGAACAUAUUGCAGCCCUACGCCUCGUCGCCGACUCGGUCGCGCAACAGCGACAACUCGCCGCUGGCGCCGUCCUGUGCAGCCCCCUCUGCUGGGCCUUGAUCCCUCUCGUUCCAGCAUGCAUUUACUACUCGCCAUAUCAAGAGCGCGUCGAUAACUUGACAAUCUUCCUUCUCUGCAUCGGGAUCUCCAUGGCUUUUGGAGUCGCCGUGAAGUGGUCGGUACGAGGAUACCUGGACGCGGCCGAGAAGGUAGGUACGUGGAGGUGGCUAUACGGCUUUGAGGACAAGUCCAAGACAAAGGCGCGACGACAGGAGACUGACACCAAGCCAAUGCACAUGGAUGAGGGCUCUCAUAUCCGCUCGAUGGGCUCCAUCUGCAAGCGGGACUUCGUUCUCGUUGCUCGACUGACGGACGACGGCGAUAUCAUCGGCACCAUCAUUCUCCGUGUCGUACCCAUUACCACUUCCUCUGAGAAAGCGAGCCGGUCAAAGAGCUCCCAAAAGCGGUGCCAGAUGAUACACCGAUCACCCCAGCCCUGCAAGGUGGUCAUCCGGGCCUGGACUGUGAAGCAGAGCCACCGUGGGGCCGGAAUCGGUGCAUGGAUGCUCAAAGACGCACUGGUGCUGUGUCUGCAAUAUGGCUGGAUGGGGCCGGAGUUUGCGGCGGACCAUGCCAAUUCUGUGCGUGUUCUUCCGAGCGUGUUUAAUGGGUGGAUUGAUAGGAUGGAGGCUCGGGCGAAGAACAGGCUGGCGCGGGAUAUCGAGAUAUUUUGGGCGAAGCUGGAAGAAGGGAAUGAAUGGGCCAUGCGGAGUGUUAUUUGA